AUGGAUGCGCAGAAUGCUGCCCAGUCCGACCAGACGAGGCCUGCUGGCGAUGAACCUCGGCGGCCUGACCCCAAGCCCGAAACCACCAAGUCGACGUCGCCGCCUGUAAGCCCCAAGCCCUCAGAGCCCGUUGAUAAGGACAAAGAACCUCGUCAACCUGCGAAUUCUUCGUCGGCGCCCGAUGCAGAUGCUCCCGAGGACCGCGACUCUGACGCCGAAACAAUCGUUUUGCCCGGUAAAGAUGGACACUCCCCUUCAAAGGCCCGCAAGGUGAGGCAGGAGGAUAAGAGCGAUGGUGAUGGCGACGUCGACGUCUCCAAGUCGACCAUCCAGGCGGCCGGCUGUCCGCCUCACGACCUCGAAAAAAAUCAGUCUUCGAUCAUCGCCCGCGGCGACCCUAUUAAAAAGAAGCGUCUGUCGGCCCAUCUCGAACGCGAAAAGCAGUCACGGGGCAAAGAUGCGGCGUCGAGUGGUUUGAGCUCUGCGCCUGCGUCCCCACCGCAGCACCGCCGUCAACACCGUCGCCGCUCCGACGACCCCCACUCAUCUUCCGACUCUGAACACUCUCGCCCUCGGCCCCCCAAGACGUCCAUCCGUGACAAACUAAAAUCUACCGAGCGCCUGGUGCCGCACAAGCGAAAGGGCUCAAGACUCGAAUCCGACGACGAGGCUGAGAGUCGCAAGGUCCGCCGCCAGCGAACAACCAGUGUAGGCAUAGAAUCAGCCCGCCUGCACAAAGAGCACAAGGUUCCCUCUGGCAAGUCACACCAUGAAUCACAAAACCGAUCUAUUUCCCCACAGGCUCGAUCUCACCGGAGAAGCGCAUCCUCUCAACUGCCCUCACAUUCCUCCAACGGCUCCGGUCAAAAGAAGAGGCGCCUGCCUCCCCCUCUACACUCCACGGAAUACCACUCGGACGAAUCUUCUGCCAGUGGCAGUCCCCACCCUCGCAGCUCCAAACUUCGUAGCCUGGCAACGCCUGCCACCGCCGAUACGAAUGCUUCUCCCGCUAGAAUGGCGCCACACAAAAAGCAUCUCGAUGCUCACGGCCAGACCUUCUUAGCCCGCGCUUGCGCCAAAGGAGACUACGAGGGUGCCAAAACGCGUCUGACGGAGAGGCCAGAGGACCUGAACGUUGCCGACUACGCUGGAAAUACCCCUCUGCAAAUUGCUGCGAUUAAUGGAUGCGAGGAUAUUGUCAAACUUUUGAUCGAGGCCGGCUGCAACCUGGACUGUGUCAACUACGAUAAAGAUACUCCACUGCUCGACGCCGUCGACAACGGCCACCUUGGAGUGGUCAAGCUUUUGCUAGACGCCGGUGUCAACCCCCGAAAAGCCAAUGUGAACGGAGAGGAGCCAGUCGACCGUGUGAGCGAGAAGACGGAAAACGCAGACGAGAUCCGUGCCGCUCUGAUGGCAGCAAGGAAACGAGUAGGUGAACGACGACGCACCUCUGAAGACCGCCAUUCGCACCACGACUCCCAUGAUGCAAGGGAUUCACACGCACCAGACAGCCCUCGGAACUCCCCUGUUACAAAUCAACAAGGACGAAGAUCAGGAACUGUACGCGCACAAAAGACAAGAAACGAUUUGCUGUACAUGCCCCUGGACGAGAAGACCCUUCGACAAGCUGCUGGGCGUGGAGAUGAAGAAACCGUUGCUCGCAUCUUGCAAGUGAAGGAAGGCUUCAACGACCCCGAGUCUAUGGUUGCUGCUGCAAGAGGAGGCCACGAUCUUGUCAUCCAAUUGUUACUAAGUCUAGGAGCCGCAAACCCGGAUCCAGCACCCAUUUCUUCCGUACAACCAGAGUUUGCAACACCGAUACUAGCAGCAAUUGGACAAGAGAACAUCAAGGUUGUGGAACUACUCUUAGAACAGCAGGGUUUUGAUCCAACACGGCGUUUCAAGGGAGAAACUUAUUACGAAAUUGCACGGCGUCGGGCAGGUUCCAACUGGAAGGAAGAAGAACACAUGUUGAAAAACGCCUACGACGAGCACAAGCGGAGUCACAAGGACUCGGCAAAAACGAAAUCCCCCAACCGACGGGACCGAGAGCGUGAGCGUGGUGAACGAGAGGAGCGCGAAGCGAAGCGAGCUAGACGAGCUGAGGCCAAGGAGAAGGAGGAGGCUCGUUUGCAACAAAAGCGGCAUCUCUCUAGUCCGGAGCCGAAGAAGAAGCUCAGCGCCGCCAAACUCACCAGUCCCAAGGAAAAGCGAAGAACAGAUACACCCGCCAAUCAUGGAGACGACCAUCCCCCGAAACGUGGCCCAGGACGUCCCAGAAAGGAAGAUCGCCUCCCCUCUAUCAAUGUUUCAGACCGCGAACUGUCUCCCUCGAUUUCUCACAAACAGCUCAAGGUGAAGCGUGCCGAAUCAGAUGCUGCUGGCGUAUCGUCUGAAGGCGAAACUGUCAAGCCCAGAAGGAAGCUUGUGUCCAAGGGCGAGCUCCGAGGAGAACGAGAGAGGCAACGGCGAGCUAGCAUGGCCUCCAACGCCUCAUCACUCAAGGAUCACCCUACCAGCCCUCACGAAACAAGACACGACGAGCCAUCCGACAAACACAGGGCCGAGAAACUGUCUGAGAAGUACCAUGACCGAACCAAGGCUCUCAAGCGAGACGAGUCAAGAGAUCGUUUAUCAGUUUCCGGCGACGGAUCGACCAAGAGGCACCGGGCUAGUACCACGCCCGAUCGACCUAGUAACGGUGACAAGGACGAUAGCGAAGUCCCACUGAAACGACGACGUAUCGACGGUGAAACCAAGGAGAAACGACCGAAACAGUUGCUCUCCUCUGACGAGCGACCACGCAAGUCUAGUUCUCUUCAAGACUCUUCCAAGCUCUCAUCCAAAUCAAAUCACAAGAAGCAUGAUGACGAUCGACGGGAAAGACAUCAUGACUCCCAUCGCGCGGAACCGGAUCGAUCUAGCAGUGCCGAGAAGCUGAUUCAUGUCAAGUCAGAAGAAACCGACGUUGACAUGAAGGAUGCUGAUACAAUUCGAGCCGUGUCAGAAGCUGAGAUGCAAGCUGCCCGAGCAAAGGAGGCUAAGCAAGCCAAGCAGGCCCAGGAAGCCGAGCAAGAGAAGCAGCAAGAGGCCAGGAAGAAGGAGGAGGCUCGUAAGGAGGAAGCACGAAAGAAGGAGGAAGACCGCAAGCGAGUCGAAGCCGAGGAAAAGAAGAAGCGUGAAGAGGAAGAAGCCCGAAAGAGAGCAGAGGAAGAGGAGAAGAAGCGUAAGGAGGAGGAGGCUGAGAAGGAGAGAAAGCGGAAGCAAGAGGAAGAACGCGAGGCCGAACGGAAACGCAAAGAGGAGGAGCGUCGACGACGAGAAGAAGAGGAGAAGCAACGACGUGAGGCCGAGGAAAAAGCUCGCCGCGAGGAAGAAGAGAAGAAGCUCCUGGAAGAGGAACGGAAGAAGAAGGAGGAGGAAGAGCGCAAGCAGCGAGAGGAAGAGGAAAGGCUUCACCGUGAGCAGCUCGAGCGAGAAGCGGCCGAACAAGCUCGCCGUGAACGCGAGGAGGAGGAACGAAAAGAAAAGGAGCGCCGAGACCGAGCACACCGCGAGGAAAUGGAAAGGAAGCGAGCUGCUCGCGAAGCCGAACUACGACGGAUACGCGAGGAACAGGAACGCCAACGCCUCGACAAGCUGCCCCCUCUUCUUCGAUGGUUGGAUACGUGCCCCAACCCCAAGCUUCCUGCCAUUGCAGAGAAGUUUAAGCGGAUGCAAGGUUGCCGUUACGAUACCAUCCGACCCGAGGCCAACCAAAAACCCGAAGGGCGUGAGCAGUGGGUUCUCAACACACACGCUGCUCUUCUUCUCGGCGAGAAGGAUCUGAAUCUGUCACGAUACACGGCUUGGGAGCGUGUUCCCGUCUCCUCCUUGGCUAAACUUACUCUUUGGCGAAUUGAAUGGAGUCUCUACUCCCUCGUCGACGAGAAGCUUUGGGAUCUCGGACGUCAACUCCCCAACUACUAUGGAGACGAGGAUCCCUCCGAACUGCGUUUCCAGACGAAGCAGCGGCUCAAGCAGGAAGCCUGGGAGAGAUUCCUCGACACGGAGAUGUUCUUUGUCAAGGUGUCGGACCUGAUGUAUACUGUUCCUAAUAUCCCACACCUUUGUCAUGUUCAACUUGCGGUGGAAUACCGCGAACUGUUGGAGACCGAGGCGCAAAGUCGUGGGUGGGUGACAAACAACAAGUGGAAGCAAGAUCCAGAUGCUGGUCGCUUCCAUGGUUUCGCACCUCGAUCCAAAUAUUACUAUAGCGGUCUCUUGGUGGGCGAAGACAUGCCUCAACUCGCACAAACGAGCAGCACACCGUUCCCAGAGAAAAAGGUUCCUCGACGAGGACUGGUUCAAGUCCACCCAGACGACCCAGAGUAUCCUCGAAUCUGCGUUGAGCAAGGACUUGAGCAUCUGGUCAACGGUCACCUGAGCCCGCCUCUUAUCAACGGCAUUCAUUCAUCGCCCAUCAGCCAAAAGUCAAUGAAUGGCACCAUCCGGGUUUUGACGCCAGGGUCGUCUGAGGGCAUGACAAACUCGACUACCGCUCACGAAGGGCUCACGAAUGGAGUUAACGGAAAUUGA